AGCGCUGCGCCGCACGUGUGCGAGCCCGGCGGCUGGUGGGAGAUCUGGUCCGAGUGAGUUUCCUCGCGGUCCAGCCUCUGCGGACUGGCGCUGGCUGCCGUCUCCUCCGAGUGGCCGCCGCUCUCCUGCGUUCGUCCGGAGCGAGCGCCUUCUUUGCCGCUUGGCCCGCGCCUUCAGGCUCCGGGUUCUCGUAAAUGUUUUCUUGGAACCUUAAAGAUGGAAAUGACAAACGUGUCCCUGAAACGUGGGUGCCUUGUUGUGGAAGAUAAUGACGGUGUGGCCUCGCAGGAGGAAACGAAGAAACAGAAGGUUUCAGAGUGCUGUCUGAUCGACAGUCAGGAUAGAGUAGAAAAUGAAGGUCUGCACAGCAGUGAGGAGGAGCCUGGGCCUCUAGAAGCUGAAAGUACAAAGAAAGAUGAAAAGAAUUCCAGUGCUCAUGUGCAAGAGGAGGAAGAGGAGGAAGAAGAGGAAGAAGGCCUUCCAGAGACAGGGGAAGAGGAGGAGCCAGAGAGCUUUGCAGACAUGAUGAAGCAUGGGCUCACAGAGCUUGACGUCGGCAUCACCAAGUUUGUGAGCCCUCAUGAGGGCUUCUCGGGGAUCUUAAAAGAAAGAUACUCUGACUUUGUUGUUCACGAAAUUGGAAAAGAUGGAAGGAUCAGCCAUUUGGAUGACUUAUCUGUUCCAGUGGAUGAGGAGGACCCUCCUGAAGAUGCACUCACUGUUCUGACAGCUGAAGACAGACAGCAGCUGGAGGAGCUACAGCUUUUCAAAAAUAAAGAAACCAAUGUUGCCAUUGAGGUCAUUGAGGACACCAAAGAAAAAAGAACCGUCAUCCAUCAAGCUAUUAAAUCUCUCUUCCCAGGAUUGGAGACAAAAACAGAGGAUAGAGAAGGAAGGAAAUACAUCGUAGCUUACCAUGCAGCUGGCAAAAAGGCUUUGGCAAAUCCAAGAAAACAUUCUUGGCCAAAAUCUCGGGGAAGCUACUGCCACUUUGUUCUAUACAAGGAAAACAAAGACACCAUGGAUGCCAUCAAUGUAUUGUCCAAAUAUUUACGAGUGAAACCAAACAUUUUCUCCUAUAUGGGAACCAAAGACAAAAGAGCCAUCACAGUCCAGGAGAUUGCUGUCCUCAAGAUAAGUGCACAAAGACUCGCCCAUCUGAACAAAUGCUUGAUGAACUUUAAGCUAGGGAAUUUCAGCUAUCAGAAAACCCCUCUGAAAUUGGGAGAGCUUCAAGGAAAUCACUUCACUGUUGUUCUCAGGAAUAUAACAGGAACUGAAGAGCAAGUACAGCAAGCCAUGCAAUCUCUGAAGGAGACCGGCUUCAUUAACUACUAUGGUAUGCAAAGGUUUGGGACCACAGCUGUCCCUACGUACCAAGUUGGAAGAGCUAUUCUACAGAAUGCCUGGACAGAAGUCAUGGAUUUAAUACUGAAACCCCGUUCUGGAGCUGAAAAGGGGUACUUGGUGAAAUGCAGAGAAGAAUGGGCCAAGACCAAAGAUCCAGCGUCUGCCCUCAAAAAGCUGCCUGUCAAAAGGUGUGUGGAAGGGCAGCUGCUUCGAGGACUUUCCAAAUACGGGAUGAAGAAUAUAGUCUCUGCAUUUGGCAUAAUACCAAGAAAUAAUCGCUUAAUGUAUAUCCAUAGUUAUCAGAGCUAUGUGUGGAAUAACAUGGUGAGCAAACGGAUAGAAGACUAUGGGCUGAAACCUGUCCCAGGGGACCUUGUUCUCAAAGGAGCCACAGCCACCUAUAUCGAGGAAGAUGAUGUUAAUAAUUACUCCAUCCACGAUGUGGUGAUGCCCCUGCCUGGUUUUGAUGUUAUCUACCCCAAACAUAAAAUUAGUGAAGCCUACAGGGAAAUGCUCACUGCAGACAAUCUUGAUAUUGACAACAUGAGACACACAAUUCGAGAUUAUUCUUUAUCAGGUGCCUAUCGAAAGAUCAUUAUUCGGCCUCAGAAUGUCAGCUGGGAAGUCAUUGCAUAUGAUGAUCCUAAAAUUCCACUUUUCAACACGGAUGUGGACAACCUAGAAGGAAAACCACCACCAGUUUUUGCUACUGAGGGCAAAUACCGGGCUCUGAAGAUGGAUUUCUCUCUUCCUCCUUCUACUUAUGCCACCAUGGCCAUUCGAGAAGUGCUAAAAAUGGACACCAGCAUCAAGAAGCAGACCCAGCUGAAUACAAACUGGCUCCGAUGACACAGACAAGUGCCUGCUCGAUGACCUGUUCUUUUCUCUUUUUAUUGCUGACCCAUAUUUGAUUUUUAAAACUUUUAUAGUAAAGGAUUGUUUGUAUUUUUAAAAAUUUGUCAGCUUAAAGAAAUAAUUUGCAAUAUUUGUACACACACAAACCCUGAGGAUCCUAAUUAUAGCUCAGAAGAUAUAAAUUGGUCAGACUAUACUUUAGGUACUUAAAUCCUAGUACACUCUCAGCAUUAUGAUUUUAUAACAAUAAAAGGAGGACUUUGGUUUAAA